GCAUUCAUUCAUUCUCGUAACAAGAAUAACAAGCAAAAAAUAUUUAAAAAAAACGUUCUUCGCAUACUCGCAUUCUGUCAAACUUCAAUUAAAUUUUACUAGUUUUUAUAUAAAAAAAAAUCGUAAAGAAGAAGAUGUCUGGAAAAGGAGAAGGUCCGGCAAUCGGAAUUGAUCUCGGAACAACAUACUCGUGUGUCGGCGUGUGGCAACAUGAUCGGGUUGAGAUUAUAGCUAACGAUCAGGGGAACAGAACGACACCGUCUUAUGUCGCUUUUACCGAUACAGAACGUUUGAUUGGUGAUGCUGCCAAGAAUCAGGUCGCCAUGAAUCCCACUAACACUGUUUUCGAUGCUAAGCGUCUAAUUGGAAGGAGGUUCUCUGACCCAUCAGUGCAGAGUGACAUGAAGCACUGGCCGUUCAAAGUCAUUCCUGGCCCUGCUGACAAACCCAUGAUUGGGGUCUCGUACAAAAACGAAGAGAAACAGUUCUCUGCUGAAGAAAUCUCUUCCAUGGUCUUAAACAAGAUGAAAGAAAUUGCCGAGGCUUACCUUGGGACCACCAUCAAAAAUGCAGUGGUCACUGUUCCUGCCUACUUCAAUGACUCACAGCGUCAAGCUACCAAGGAUGCUGGUGUCAUCUCUGGUCUUAAUGUCAUGAGAAUCAUCAACGAGCCGACUGCAGCUGCUAUUGCAUAUGGGCUUGACAAGAAGGCUUCCAGUGUAGGUGAGAAGAAUGUAUUGAUCUUCGACUUGGGUGGUGGCACUUUUGAUGUGUCUCUGCUUACCAUUGAAGAAGGUAUCUUUGAAGUGAAGUCAACUGCCGGAGAUACACAUUUGGGUGGUGAAGAUUUUGAUAACAGGAUGGUUAAUCACUUUGUUCAAGAGUUUAAGAGGAAGAACAAGAAGGAUAUUAGUGGAAAUCCAAGAGCUUUGAGGAGGUUGAGGACUGCUUGUGAAAGGGCAAAGAGGACUCUCUCAUCAACUGCUCAAACCACCAUUGAAAUCGACUCUUUGUAUGAAGGAAUUGAUUUUUAUACAACAAUUACUCGUGCCAGAUUUGAGGAAUUGAACAUGGACCUGUUCAGAAAGUGUAUGGAGCCUGUCGAGAAGUGUUUGAGAGAUGCCAAGAUGGAUAAGAGUAAUGUUCAUGAUGUCGUUCUUGUUGGUGGCUCUACCCGUAUUCCCAAGGUUCAACAGUUGCUCCAAGAUUUCUUCAAUGGGAAGGAGUUGUGCAAGAGCAUCAACCCUGAUGAAGCUGUGGCAUAUGGAGCGGCGGUCCAAGCUGCUAUUUUAAGUGGUGAAGGGAAUCAGAAAGUGCAAGACUUGCUUUUGUUGGAUGUGACACCGUUGUCCCUGGGACUGGAGACUGCCGGUGGCGUGAUGACAGUUUUGAUACCAAGAAACACAACCAUUCCCACCAAGAAAGAGCAGGUGUUUUCAACUUACUCUGAUAACCAACCAGGGGUUUUGAUCCAGGUUUUUGAGGGUGAAAGAACACGAACCAAAGACAACAAUUUGUUGGGCAAGUUUGAGCUAUCUGGAAUCCCGCCAGCUCCUCGUGGAGUUCCACAAAUAACUGUCUGUUUCGACAUUGACGCUAAUGGGAUCUUAAACGUGUCUGCUGAGGACAAGACAACCGGGCAGAAGAACAAGAUCACGAUUACAAAUGACAAAGGGCGUCUGUCAAAGGAGGAUAUAGAGAAAAUGGUGCAGGAGGCAGAGAAAUACAAGUCAGAAGACGAGGAACACAAGAAGAAGGUCGAAGCCAAAAAUUCUUUGGAGAACUACGCCUAUAACAUGCGGAACACCAUCAAAGAUGACAAAAUAAGCUCCAAGUUGCCUGCGGAUGACAAGAAGAAGGUAGAGGAUGCAGUGGAAGAGGCGAUCCAGUGGUUGGAUGGGAAUCAGUUGGCGGAGGUCGAAGAGUUCGAGGACAAGAUGAAGGAGCUAGAGGGAAUAUGCAACCCGAUAAUCGCUAGAAUGUACCAAGGAGGCGCGGGUGGGCCAGAUAUGGGUGAAGGUACGGAUGACAAUGGUCCUUCAGCUGGUAGUGGCGGUGCAGGGCCUAAGAUUGAAGAGGUGGAUUAAAGUUUUGAAAGGAGGAUGUUUAAUUAAUCUUAAAAUUGUGGGUCUGUGGGUAGGCUUGCUUGGUUUCAGACCUUGUUGGUGAAUUUCAUUAAACUUUAGCAAAUUUAGUUCUGUUAACUUUUUUAUGUAAACCUUACUAUCCUUUGGAUAGUGUGUUAAUCUUGUUUCUUUCCUGCUUAA